AAAGCUCUGGGAUGUUCCUAUGGAUUUGCUCUCGGUGGAUAGUCUUUGCUAUAUUGCAAGUGGAAUUGGGGUUCCACUAGCUUUGGACAAGGCAAUGGAAGAUAGGACCCGAGUUGAUUUUGCCAAAGUUUGUGUUGAGAUUGAGGUUGCAAAUGCCCAGGAUUUGCCUGAAAUUAUCCCUGUUGAUACUGAAGACUUUCCAUCUGUGGAUAUAAGGGUAGAAUACCCUUGGUUACCCACCACCUGUGGCUCAUGCAAGAAGAAAGGGCACACCAGUCGCAAUUGUAAGACAAAGAAACCCAAGCCAAAAACCUACAAGAAGGAAUGGGUUGAGGUUGCAGGUAAGAAUAAGCCAACUGAAGCUCCUGGUAUUAUUCCUGAACCUAACCAAGUUGCUAUAUCUGCGCCUAAAGUUCAGUCUGUCCCACUGGUUAAGGUUGUUGAUGUUUCCCCUUCUAAUCCAGAAGUUGUUGUUAAUUCCCCAGUUCUAUUUGAGGCCCCAUUGACUGAUGUUGAGUCGGUUGCUAUUGGGUCCAUGCCAAUGUUUGCUGCUACAACUAUGCCUGACAAUGCUGAGCCUAACCCUUUAGGGAAGCAAAAUUCUUUUGCAGCCUUGGCUUCUAUUGAUGAUGAGCAAGCUUUUCCUUCCUUGAAGGCAUCCUCUUUGUCUCCUAGGUCUGGCAAGAAACGUAAGCAAGCUUCUUUGGGUGUUGCUGCAGUCACAAAAGCAUUGGCUCCUAGACAAAGAAACACCAAAAAAGUUCAGAAUUCCUCCAGUGAGGUACCUCCCUUGCACCACAAAUGAGGAUUAUUUUUUGGAAUGUUAGAGGGAUAAACAAGUCUCAGAAGCAUAAAUCUUUGAGGCACACUCUAAGAAGGUAUGAAGUAAACAUAAUAUGCUUGA